AUGUGCGCGCACACCGCCUGCCACCCGCCCAUGCUCCGGUGCAGCGACAACACUUGCAUCCCACAGAACUUAAUCUGCGAUGGCUACGAAGACUGCAAGGACGGUAGCGAUGAAAAUCUACAAUUAUGUAGGCACUCUGUGAACACGGAAGGCUGUGCGGAGGGUGAGGUGCUUUGCCCCGACGGCCGCUGUGCUCCCACCGAGUCCGCUUGUGUUGAGCAAGGUGCGUGCAGCUGGCGCUCGUGCCCACAGCUGUGCCUGCCCAAGCACGAGCACAACUUCACUUGCAAGUGCGUGUCGGGCUACAAACAACGGCAGUUACCAGACGGCAGUCUCACGUGCGAAGCUGGUGGGCGAAAGGGGGGAGAAACUGGAGGUUUUGCGUAUCGGGCAAGGAUGCAUCGACUUUUUGCUGAGCUGGAGCCAUCUGUAACCGUCACCGAGCAAAACCUGGCAGACCGAGUUCGGUAUAUCUUGCGCUCAAAUACAUUUGAUGUCACCGAACUCGAACGGCUACGACGUGAGGCUGUUCCUUCAUCGGGUGAAAAUGCUGCGGCUGAGGAUGCGGCGCCACAACUUGCUGAGCAAACGGCAAAUGUGGAUGCCGCCGUGAAUACGCCAGUUGUGGUUGAUUCAAACGAUGAUGGAACAGUCGCCCAGGAACUGGAACUAGAGCAAAUGAGGAGUACAUUGGAAGAGGCGAUUGUGGAAACGCGCAGUACGACUCUCGAAAAUCGACCGCGACUUCCCCGCUUAGCCCUAAGCAAGCGGAAUCGGGCUGUCGUGAGGGCUCUGAACCCAAUGCUGGUUACCUAUUUGGAAGCCAGCCGGGACCUUUGCGAUACGGACUCAAUUCUUUUUGGCGCCGCACUGGCAGUCUGCCGUAUUAUUGGUGCCAAACUUUCCACGGCUGGACGCGCUACUGGACAAAGUAGUGCUAUCCCAGCCUGGAGAAUAAGAAUUGAAGAACGUAUCGCAAAGGCUAGGGCCCUCAUCGGCAGACUGAUAUGCUUCAGGUCAGGCAAUACCAGGCCAAGGAUUGUGCGCACCGUCAGGAUGGCGUUUGCUGGGACAAAUGUUAGUUUGUCCCAGCCGGAUAUAAUGCAAAAACUGACGGAGCGCAUAGACGACCUGAAGCAAAGAAUAGCUGCUUGGGGAAAGCGGAUUCGGCGAUAUACCGAGAGGUCGACACGGUUCAACCAGAAUCGUCUCUUCCAGAGUGAUCAGAAGAGGCUCUAUAAAUCAUUGGAGCGACCAAUAGUAAGUGGAACGGGCCCUGCACCAAAUCAGGCCGACAUGGUCGCAUUCUGGCGCAGCCUGUGGUCAGAGCCCGUAAACCACAACGAGGGCCCUUGGACGGAAGUUGUGGCGAGUCAGUGUGCGAGUAUUACGCCCAUGGACCCCGUCAUCAUAACGCCGGAUGACGUAGCUGAGGCGGUCCGUAGGGCCCCGAACUGGAAAAGUCCGGGGCUUGACGGGCUGCAUCACUACUGGCUGAAGGGGUUCAUGGUGUGUCACUCUGUGCUCGCCCGACAGUUUCAAGAGGCUCUCAACCAGAAGUCGCUCCCAAGCCUCUUCACUACUGGGAUCACUCAUUUGGUUCCUAAAGAUCAGGGUGCCACAGACCCGAGCAAAUACCGCCCCAUCACGUGUGAAAAGGCGAAAUUGAUCGUAGCAGUGGGGGGGACGCUGCGGCUGUGGGAGCUCAACAAGCACGAGCAUGAGCCGGAGCCGCCGGAGGACCCUGAGAGGUCAUAUUACUUUUUAUUGAAUCUGUACCCAGGUGAGAAGGAGAAAUUGAUCGUAGCAGUGGGGGGGACGCUGCGGCUGUGGGAGCUCAACAAGCACGAGCAUGAGCCGGAGCCGCCGGAGGACCCUGAGAGGUCAUAUUACUUUUUAUUGAAUCUGUACCCAGGUGAGAAGGAGAAAUUGAUCGUAGCAGUGGGGGGGACGCUGCGGCUGUGGGAGCUCAACAAGCACGAGCAUGAGCCGGAGCCGCCGGAGGACCCUGAGAGGUCAUAUUACUUUUUAUUGAAUCUGUACCCAGGUAAGAAGGAGAAAUUGAUCGUAGCAGUGGGGGGGACGCUGCGGCUGUGGGAGCUCAACAAGCACGAGCAUGAGCCGGAGCCGCCGGAGGACCCUGAGAGGUCAUAUUACUUUUUAUUGAAUCUGUACCCAGGUGAGAAGGAGAAAUUGAUCGUAGCAGUGGGGGGGACGCUGCGGCUGUGGGAGCUCAACAAGCACGAGCAUGAGCCGGAGCCGCCGGAGGACCCUGAGAGGUCAUAUUACUUUUUAUUGAAUCUGUACCCAGGUAAGAAGGAGAAAUUGAUCGUAGCAGUGGUGGGGACGCUGCGGCUGUGGGAGGUCAACAAGCACGAGCAUGAGCCGGAGCCGCCGGAGGACCCUGAGAGGUCAUAUUACUUUUUAUUGAAUCUGUACCCAGGUGAGAAGGAGAAAUUGAUCGUAGCAGUGGGGGGGACGCUGCGGCUGUGGGAGCUCAACAAGCACGAGCAUGAGCCGGAGCCGCCGGAGGACCCUGAGAGGUCAUAUUACUUUUUAUUGAAUCUGUACCCAGGUGAGAAGGAGAAAUUGAUCGUAGCAGUGGGGGGGACGCUGCGGCUGUGGGAGCUCAAGAAGCACGAGCAUGAGCCGGAGCCGCCGGAGGACCCUGAGAGGUCAUAUUACUUUUUAUUGAAUCUGUACCCAGGUGAGAAGGCGAAAUUGGUCGUAGCAGUGGGGGGGACGCUGCGGCUGUGGGAGCUCAACAAGCACGAGCAUGAGCCGGAGCCACCGGAGGACCCUGAGAGUGCGGAAAUCGCGGCGGUGGCGGUGGGACUAGUGGCUGGGGAAUGGUGGGUGUGGUGGGGUGACGCGCGCGGGCGGCUGCGGCGCCUGCGCCUGCCCAUCGAUGGGACGCCGCACGCCUUGCCCACGCGCCUGCCGCCAAUGCAUCAGGCGGAGACAAUCAUCCAAGACGGGGGCAUCAUCCGCGGCGUGGCGGUGGAUUGGAUCUCCAAGCGGUUGUACUGGACUGCAGUGGAGGGUGCGGAUGGUGCGGGGGGCGGGGAGGCACAUGGCGUGCUGGCCGUGGCGGCGCUGGACGGGCGGCGCCGCGUCACGCUGUGGCGCCGCCGCGGUGCGGAGCCUGACGACCUCGUGCUCUCCAACGACACCGGGUAA